AUGAUGGAGAUCGCAUUAGACCUGCUUGCGCAAGCCCGCGGCAACAAUUACGUGACCGUUACCGUCGCUGUAUUGUCUCUGGUUGUCUUCUUCUACUUCAACUACAGCACUCAGCCGUUCCGAGGUAUUCCCUAUGUCGGGGGUCCAAAGUGGGACAUUCUCAAUAUCAAGGCACAAUAUCGUUUCGUGACGGACUGUAAGAAUCUCAUCAAAGAGGGUCUUCAGAAGUACAAUGGACCUUUCCAGGUCAUUGGCUACGUGCCCAUCACCGUCUUGCCCCCGAGAUAUGUCCCUCUUAUCAAGGACCACCCGAACCUGGACUUCGGAAAGUCUGCCGAAAGAAGGCUAUUUGGGCAAUACCCAGGCCUAGACUGGGCGCACAAGAUCAAUGAGGACCGUAUCUUCCAGGAAUCUCUGAGAAUUAACAUGACACAAUAUCUCAGCGAGGCCACACCCCUCUUAGCGGAAGAAGCACGCGAAAUCCUCAGCGAGUUUUUCCCACAGACAACCGGUAAGCUCGAUCCGUUUUCCGCUAUUCCUUGGCUGUGGCUAAACCCAUCAUCAGAAUGGACCUCAUACACCUUUGGCAAAGACGCCGCAGAAAUGGGCGUGCGCCUCUCAACUCUCGUCUUCCUGGGCAAGAGAUUCACAAAAAACAAGGAGUGGCUCUACAUCUGCACGCAAUACCCGCAAGGCAUCUUCGGCGCCAUCGGCGGGCUGCUCUCCACGCCCAAAUUUCUCCGCCCCGUUCUCUACCGCUUCCUGCCCCAGAUCAUUGCCCUCAAAAAGUACGGCGAGGUCGCGAGGACGCUUAUCCUCCCUGAGAUUGAGGAGCGCCGGCGGCUGCGUGAUGCCGGCGCUGAUGUCAAGUUCAAUGACGCGCUGGAGUGGUAUUACAAAAACUCGUCUAAGCGUGGUAAGGAAGAGGACUUUGAUGCCGUGAGCGCCAUGAUUUCGCUUGCGUUUGCGUCCACGCAUACGACUGUCGAUUUGCUGUGUAAUGUUCUGUAUGACCUAGCGGCUCACCCUGAGUGCAUCGGUCCGAUGAGGGAGGAGAUUGACAAGGUUCUCGCCGAGGACGGGGGCUGGAAGAAGACGACGUUGUAUAAGAUGAGGUUGAUGGACAGUUUCUUGAAGGAGACGCAACGCAUGAACCCUGUUCAGCUGACCGCGAUGAACCGCUACGUCAAACAAACAACCAUUCUCUCGGACGGCACCCGCCUACCCAAGGGCUCGCUCCUCGCCGUCUCGCUCGAAGGGCUCCGCGACGCCUCGCAAUUCGCGGAUCCGGAUGUCUUUGACGGCUUCCGCUUCGCGCGCAAGAGACAGGAGCCAGGCCAGGAGAACCAGUGGCAGUUCACGUCAACGCGCAACGAAUUUCCAUCGUUCGGGCACGGGCAGUGGUCCUGUCCCGGUAGGUUCCUGGUUGCCAACGAGCUCAAGAUCUUUUUGGCGGAGCUGCUGUUGCGGUAUGAUAUCGGAUACCCGGCGGGCGUGACGCGGCCGCCGUGUACGUGGUUUGCUACGGAGAGUCAGGUGAAUAUGGAUACGCCGCUGAUGUUUAAGUUGAGGGAGAAGGCGUGA